AUUUAAUCUUAGUGACGAUAAAAUUAGAUAAAUUCAAAUUGAAAAGCUCAGAACAGAUGUGAACUACUUGGGCAAUGCCAUUGAGUUUGAACGGAAGGCUUGGGAGGAGUGCCUCGAAGUUUAGUUUGUUGAUUUUGCCCUCAAAUGGGCAAUUGUCUGACUUGUUGCAAGGAGCCUACAUCUACGGCCCCGGACAGCAACAACCCUAACUGUCAUAAAGAAGAUAUGAGCGAGGUUCGUUUGUACCCAGCACCGAGUCAUGUGCCAGCUUCCACAUCUCCGCCGCCCGAAACGAUUUUAAGCAACGGCAACCAUCUGAUCGCCGGCGGUGUUGCCACAUCGGAAUCCGCGUCCGCCGCUAGCACGCGUCUGUGCGCGGCCGUGCACCAGCAGCAACUAGGCAACGUCAGGGGCAGGCAGUCGAAAAGCGCCCCGGCCAUGGGGGCCUCAGACAGCAAACCCAGCGACAACAAACUCAAUGCUCUAUUCGAGACUUAUAAGGACGACGCGGAGGACAGCAUCCUGGCCGAAGGGAUCGAGCAGCUGUGCAAGGACUUGCAGGUGUGUCCGGACGAUUUCAAGAUACUGGUGCUGGCGUGGAAACUGAACGCCGAACAGAUGUGCCGAUUCACGCGUUCGGAGUUCGUCGGCGGCCUUCGGGACAUCCGAGCCGACUCGACGAAAGCCAUACAGGUUCGAUUGCCGGAGGUGAUAGCCGAGUUGGAGAGGAACGACGAGCAUUUUAAGGAUUUGUACAGAUUUUCUUUUCGUUUUGGGCUGGAUUCAGUUUCCGGUCAAAGAAUAUUACCGACUGAUAUGGCGACAGUACUUUGGAGGCUAGUUUUUACAAUCAGGGAACCACCUAUACUUGCUCGUUGGUUAAACUUCUUGGACACGCACCAGUCGAUCCGGGGGAUCCCUCGCGACACCUGGAACAUGUUCCUGAACUUCUCCGAGGCCGUAGGCGACGACCUCUCGUGCUACGACGACAACGAAGCGUGGCCGAGCCUGUUCGACGACUUCGUCGAGUACGAGAACGACCAGGCCAACCAGAACAUCACCAAGGACAAGGACCGCGACGGCCGCCGCAUCGGCCAGGACUGAGCCCCGCGGAGCGGACGCGCUCUCGACUGACUUCGACCGCCAUUCGGCGCCCCCCGAGUAAGAGACCGUUUUUACUUCGUUGUUUCGCUGCAGGGGCCGGUUUCGUUGCUCGAGUUUGGGGGGCUAAUCGAUGAUCGCAAGUUUUGUGAUGGAAUUUUUAUAAUUAAAUAUCUUCUUUAUUUAAAUUAUCCAACUAUAGCCUUUUCACAAAAUAGAUUCAUAAAUCUAGAGAUUCAUCUAAAACAACCACAAAAUUUGUGAUUUCUCCUUGAAAACAAACUGAAACUGAAAUUUGGUGAUUUUUUCUUCAGAGAAGUCCAAAUUACAGUCUUUUCACAAAAUAGAUUCAUAAAUCUAGAUAUUCAUCUAAAACAUCCACAAAGUUUGUAAUUUCUCCUUGAACAAAAACUGAAAUUGAAAUUUUGUGA